UCCCUCCCUCUGGGCAGAGAGCUUUUUUCUCAGCAGUGAAGUCAGUUGCUGUUCAGUAGAAGUUUGGUCAUGUCUGGACUGCAGGGUGUUGGACUUCUGCUGCUGUGGGGCAGCGUCUGCCUCUGGCUGCCCAGCCUGGCCAGCGGGGCUCUGGUCAUCUCCAGGGACCACGAAGAUCUGCAGGAGACAAGAGGAGCUGCCAGAUCAUUGCAGAAAAGAAGUACAAAUGAAGACAAGGUGGAGGUGUACAGCGUGAAAGUGGAAUGCACUGUGACGUCUCGUUUCGCCCACACCGUCAUGACCUCCAAGGCUCUGAACAAAGCAAACUCCUCCCAGGAAAUCUUUUUCGAAGUGGAUCUGCCAAAGACCGCUUUCAUCGUCAACUUCAGCAUGGAAAUUGAUGGUCAGAUGUAUGUUGGGGAGGUGAAGGAGAAAGAGAAAGCCAAGAAACAGUAUGAGAAGGCUGUUUCCUCUGGACAGACUGCUGGACUGGUGAAGGUUUCUGGAAGGAAGAUGGAGAAGUUUUCAGUGUCUGUCAACAUCGCAGCUGAAAGUAACGUGACUUUUAUUCUGACCUACGAGGAGCUCCUUCAGAGGAAACUGGGCCAGUAUGAGAUUAUGACCCGGGUUAAACCCAAACAACCGGUCCAGGAGUUUCAGAUUGUGACAAACAUCUAUGAGCCUCAGGGCAUUGCUUUUGUUGAUGCCUCUGGAACCUUCCUCUCCAACGAGCUGCUCCCCCUGGUGGAGAAAACCGUCACAGACAAGAAGGCACUCAUCUCUUUCUCACCAACACUGGAGCAGCAGAGGAAAUGUCCAGGAUGUGAAGGCACCAUCAUUGACGGAGAUUUCAUCAUCCAGUAUGAUGUGAAACGAAAAGACGGCCUCGGGGAAGUUCAGAUUGUGAACGGAUACUUUGUGCACUUCUUCGCUCCACCUAACCUGGCCAGAGUCCCAAAGAAUGUGGUGUUUGUGAUCGACAAGAGCGGAUCAAUGAGUGGAAUAAAGAUUGCACAGACCCGGGAUGCACUGGUCGCCAUUCUGAAUGACCUCCACGAAGAGGACCACUUUGCUCUCAUCCUGUUUGAUGCCAGCAUUAUCACCUGGAAGGACUCUCUUACCAAAGCAACAAAGGGAAAUGUGACUGAAGCCAUUGCCUACAUAAAAAAACUAAAAGAAAAUGGAUCCACCAACAUCAAUGACGCUGUACUGAGGGCAGUGAGCAUGCUGGAGAAAGAAAGAAAACAUAAGAACCUUCCAGAGAGGAGUGCGGAUAUGGUUAUUUUACUGACUGAUGGGAUGCCAAACGCCGGGGAGUCCAACCUGGAAAGGAUUCAGGAGAAUGUGCGCUCUGCUAUCGGAGGAAAGAUGGCCAUGUACUGUCUUGGAUUUGGAAAUGAUGUGGAUUACUCCUUCCUGGAUGUGAUGUCGAGACAAAACAAAGGAGUGGCCCGCAGAAUUUUUGAGGGUUCAGAUGCAGCUGUUCAACUCAAGGGUUUCUAUGAGGAGGUGGCCAGCCCUCUGCUCCUGGAGGUGGACCUGCAUUAUCCUGACAGUGCAGUGGUCCUCUUGACCAAAAACCACUACAGCCAGUUGUUUAACGGCUCCGAGAUUGUGGUGGCCGGUCGGCUGACCGACAACGACCUGGAUAACUUCUUGGUAGAAGUGUUCGCCCAGGGGCCUGAAGAGGACUUCCAGGUGCAGGGAAUGGCCAGUGUGGCAGACCUGGAUGUGAUCUACCCAGGACAAGAGUCCAUCUUUAGGGAUUUCUCAGAGCGUCUGUGGGCCUACCUCACCAUCCAACAGCUACUGGAGAAGAGUGACAUUGGUACUCAGCAGGAGAAAGACAACGCGACAGCCAAGGCCCUGGACAUGUCCCUGCGAUACAGCUUCGUCACUCCUCUCACCUCCAUGGUGGUCACCAAGCCUGAAACUGAGGACGGAACAGAACCUCCUCUCAUCGCUGACAAGCUGACUGAAGAACAAAGACAGCAGGCAGAAAGAAUGUCUGGAUCAUAUCGAUAUGUACACCCUUCUUAUCCACCAGUAGCACCCACAUAUUACCCUCCAUAUUUUGAUAAAGUCACUGUGUCGCGUCCUGUGAGACCUGAUCCCUCACUGGAGAAAACCUGGGGACCACGGUCUCCUCCACGUAGUAAGCCUGCAUCAUAUCGAUAUGUACACCCUUCUUAUCCACCAGUAGCACCCACAUAUUACCCUAAAUAUUUUGAACAAAGACAGCAGGCAGAAAGAAUGUCUGGAUCAUAUCGAUAUGUACACCCUUCUUAUCCACCAGUAGCACCCACAUAUUACCCUCCAUAUUUUGAUAAAGUCACUGUGUCGCGUCCUGUGAGACCUGAUCCCUCACUGGAGAAAACCUGGGGACCACGGUCUCCUCCACGUAGUAAGCCUGCAUCAUAUCGAUAUGUACACCCUUCUUAUCCACCAGUAGCACCCACAUAUUACCCUAAAUAUUUUGCUUUUUCACAUCGAAAUGUACGCCCUUCUUAUCGACCAGUAGCACCCACAGAUUACCCUGAAUAUUUUGACCAGCGACCGGAAGCAAAGAGACACGGUGGUUUCAGGCACCCUCCUACUGCUGACUAUAACCCUGGUGUCAGACCCACUUAUGGCGGUUCUCGUAGUAGCAGUUCUCGUGGUAGCAGUUCUCCUGGUAGCAGUUCUCGUGGUAGCAGUUCUUCUGGUAGCAGUUCCCGUGGUAGCAGUUCCCGUGGUGCCCAAUGGAUCUUGUCCCGUCCCCGUGGUAGCAUUGCCCGUGGUAGCAGUGCCCGUGUUGGCAGUUCCCGUGGUGGCAGUUCCCGUGGUGGCAGUUCAGAUGUGGACGGAGAUCCUCACUUCAUGAUAGAGCUGCCAGACAGAGACGACGCUCUGUGCUUCAACAUCAACGACAAACCAGGAACCAUUUUCAACCUGGUCAGAGACACAAAAUCAGGCUUCAUGGUGAACGGCCAAAUUAUUGGCAAGAAGAAAGUUAUUCCAGACGGUAACGUCAAAACCUACUUUGGCCGUUUUGGUAUCAUCCACCAGAAGUUUGGGUUGAGGCUGGAGGUGAGCACUGAGGACAUCUCAGUCUUCUACGGUGGCCGGCAGCUCGUGCUGCCGUGGUCUGAUACAUUCUCUAUUAAAGAUACCAAUAUGGACUUCAUGUUAACUAAGAACAGCAGCCUGACGGUGACGCUGAGGCACUCGGUUAAAUUUAUGGUCAUUAAACACACAAAGGUUUGGAAGAGACGCCACGAUCAACAAGACUACCUGGGUUUCUACACCCUGGACAGCCACCACUUGUCUGCUUCGGUUCACGGCUUGCUAGGUCAGUUCUACCAUGGCGUUGGGUUCGAGGUGUCAGACCAGGAGAAAUUAGAUGCCACCAUGUAUGUGAAGGGACAAACACUCAACGUGACCAGACACUGGCAGAAGGACUUCAGCAGGGAUGUGAAGAAUGGGGAAAAUAUUUCCUGCUGGUUUGUUGACAACGAUGGAGCCGGCCUCGUCGAUGGCAGACCCUCAGACUACAUUGUGUCAAAGCUUUUUAAGGCUGCUUUUUGAAAAUGUCAGUGGUAAUGCACCGGGGGCCACAUUAUUAUGGCGAGAGAUAGCAGAUUAUAGACAACGUCACAGUUGCAAACAUUCCAAAUGUAUCACAGUUUAUUUCCUUUUGCAGUGUAUGUGAAUGACAUCAGCUGACAGGAAGCAAACAUGGACCCAAGCUGUUGCCUAGCAACGCAAUUCCGUUGAAAUUCCAAAACUCAUAACAGGACAUUAGUUACUAAAAAUGACACCGUUACUGACAAUGUGUAUGGUGUCUGAAAGUUCAAGCGCAGUCUUGAUAGAUUUAUACUGAUGACAUAAAUAAUAAAGCUUUCCAGUAUUAGGCUAUCAUAGAAUUAUGUAAUGUAAAUGUAAAUCCCAUUUUAUUGUCACUCAUUGUACACAGCACAGCACAUUGAAAUUUAGCAGUUUUGCAUUUAACCCAUCGUUGUAUAUUAGGAGCAGCUACUAUACAGCUGCCCGGGGAGCAUUUUAGGGGAUCGGUGCCUUGCUCAAGGGCACUUCGGCUGUGCCCAGGAGGCGAACUGGCAUUUCUCCAGCUACCAGUCCACGCUCCGUACUUGGUCCGUGUGGGAACUUACUUGCGGCAAACUUCCAGUUCCCAAGCCAAGUCCCUACGGACUGAGCUACUGCUGUUGAAUUAUAUAAGUCUUCAUACUUCACCUGCCAAAUUAACUUCAAAUAUUUUAAUAUAAAAGAAGUCAGUGCAGGAGUUACACUGGAUGUACCUCGACAUGAGGUAAUAUGUGUGUGUACACAUGACCCUGGCCACAACUAUACCACACUGUGCUUUGUGAUCCGCACCUUUACUCACAGAAAUACUGCCCUUCACCUCCUCGAGAAGAGGUGAACGAUAACUACUUGGCAUAUAUAUGGAUUGUGUGACUGUGGUGUCGCCCCAAAAAGAGGGAACCUCUACACUGAUGUGGACAAAAACCCUCCCACAUACUGUACGUCCUGAACUCUCACUGUAGCUCUAACUGGGCUUAAUGCCAACCUUGCACCACUGGGGAGAAACCAUCAAUGAUUGUGAUGUGAUUUUAUUGUUGAAAAGUUGCACACUGAUAAACUAUUAAGACACAAAGUUUAAACAAAUGCUGCCAUUAUGUUACAAGUAAUACAAUUUUGACUUCAAAUUCAAAUUUGAAGUCUACAUUACAGGUGUUCUUGAGUCUUUCAAACGAUUUUGAUAUUGGUUCUGUAUGUGACUACAAUAAAUACACAUGUACACCA